UCGACCUGAUGAUGAGAUCGCUGUAAUCCCACCAAUCAGUGGAGGCUAGGCGGCAUUAGCAGGGAUUUGCAUAACUUUACUAGCGAUCGGAAAAGACCAAAAGAUGGAAGGUAAAGAUUUUGUACAAAUAACCUCGGACCCCUUGAGCGUGGAGAAGGCAACGGCGAUGGUUUCCUCCCCUACUUCAGGUGCUAUUUCAAUUUUUAUUGGGACUACCAGGAACAAUUUUGAGGGCAAGGAGGUUGUCCGCCUGGAGUACGAGGCAUACGUCCCCAUGGCCGAGAAGAAGAUUGGCUGCAUCUGUCGGGAUGUCCGAGAGAAGUGGGAGGUGGAACACGUGGCUGUCUUCCACAGGAUAGGCGUCGUACCCGUUCAGGAAGCGAGUGUCAUCAUCGCUGUGUCUUCCCCUCACCGACAGGCAUCUUUGGAGGCAGUGCAGUACAGCAUUGAUACGCUGAAAGCAACCGUUCCCAUCUGGAAGAAAGAAAUGUUUGCAGAAGGACGGGGCCGCUGGAAAGAAAACAAAGAAUGCAACUGGCGGAAAACGUGACGUGUCAUCAACCCCAGUCAAAUUUAUUUUUAAUUUGAAGGUAGAUCUCUGUCGUUUGGGGGGAAGGAAGACUCGAAAGCAAUAUUGCUUUGAAUUUCCCUUGGUUGAAGAUGAAAAAUGUUUUAAUUGAAGACGGUGGCUGGUGUACAUGUAAUAUACUGCGCCUGAAUUUUGACAUUCAAUGAUUAAAUUUGCUAACAGUA